AUGUCAACAAACAAGUGCACCGUCAGGAACGGGCUGCAGGGCAAGUCCCUACGCGGCUUCCUGUAUUAUUCACAUGAUGAGUUCCUGAGGGAGUCGCACAGGGUCUUCCAUGAGAGAAGGGCUGCAGAACGUUGGAAGCCAACAAUGAAUGACGACCCUCUCACCACCGAGGAACACACUGGCGACGAGGCAUUCUCGAUUCGAUUGGGCACCUUCCUGACUUCAUCCAACGCGCUCUCGCCAUCUCCUCGUGUCCCUGACGGAAGAGGACGCGAUGACUUAGAUAUGUCGCAGGCUUCACAAUCUUCCAGGGUGGUGAAUAUCCCUGAUAAUGAUUCAAAUUCCGUUGAGACUGGUCUUGUCAUCUCCAAGAUUGAGGAUAUCUUCGCAGCCAUGGUUGAUGUGCUCGCGGAAGGAGGCGAUGCACUAGUCAUCCCAUAUCGCUGCCGACGAGCAUCUCAGCGGGGAGAAGGGGUACUUCGAUUUCCCGGAAGCACUGUGCAGGAAGCCACGAAGUUUGCGAGAAUGAUGCGAAUUAUGGAGUUGGCCCGCGAGGCGCUGGUGUCUGGCCGUCCUAUUACAAAGAGAAACAUCUAUUACCAGGAUCCAGAUCUCUUCAAAAGCCAGAGCAACGUUGAUCAGCUCGUCGAUGACCUCGCGUUCACACUCGGAGUCGGCCGGAAUGCUUUGCAAAUUGUGUGCAUCCUUUGCCUUAUCGUAGGGCCGCUGAGUUUGACUAUGAAGGACAACUCAGUCGUCUCUUGCUCGUCCGAUCAAGACCACAGCGAGUCCAUUCCACCCAUCGGCAUGAUCCGACGGAUCGACUUUGGCGAUACCAGAUGGAUUCUGGUCAUCGAGAAGGAGGCUACAUUUCGCACGCUGGCAGCCUCCCAGUACUGGAGACAUUGCAUCCAUGGUCAAGGCGCCAUGGUCGCGGGGAAAGGUUAUGCAGACCUAGCCACACUCGAAUUCUUGAACCUCGUUCACUCGGCGCGCCCGCUCAUACCCAUCCUAGGCGUUGUCGACUGCGACCCGCAUGGCAUCGAGAUCAUGAGAAUGUACAAGUACGGCAGCCAAAGCUUAAGCCACGAGGAAAAUGCGCGUGUACCGGGCCUGCAGUGGCUAGGUGUGAAGAUGGAUGACAUCCUUGGGGCCAGUUGGCUGGCUUUUGAGGAAUAUGGCUCGCAGAGCCCCGUCAACCUGCCAAGCCAGUCAAGCCAGUCGUCAUUCGGCCAGUUUAGCCAGGGAUCACAAGGAUCUGCGUUCCCAGGCAAGCAGAAACCGGAUCGAAGACGGCGGAAUCCAGCUGACUCGCUGAUGCCACUGACGAUGGCUGAUCGGAAGACGGCACAGAGGAUACUCAGGUCAAUGUCAGCGGAGGACGACGAGCUUGACCAUGAAGAGAUAGAACAACUGCGGGAGAUACAGGUGAUGUUGGUGCUCAACAUGAAGGCUGAGAUCCAGGCAAUCGACAAUAUGGGGGACCUGUCGGAAUGGCUUGACGACAGGAUCGGGCUGGCUUGA